CACUGCCUAAUUCACCAGCAAGCACUGUGCUGCAAAGUGUUGAAGUGGGAUUCUGUAAUGAAGGUUGUGGUGUCGUGCAUAAACUUCAUCAGAGCAAAGGGACUUAAACACAGGCAGUUCCAAGAAUUCCUGUCUGAACUGGAGUCUACGCACGGAGAUGUGCUGUACUACACAGAGGUCCGAUGGCUGAGCCGGGGCAGAGUUUUGAGGCGUUUUUACGAGCUGCUACCCGAAAUUAACGCAUUUCUUCAUUUAAAAGACAAAACGGUCCCAGAGCUGAUCGACCCAGAAUGGAAAUGGCACCUCGCAUUUUUAACAGACGUGACAGAAAUACUUAACAGCCUUAACUUGCAGCUACAAGGCGAGGGGAAACUCAUUUGCGACAUGUAUUCACACAUAAAAGCAUUUGAGGUGAAAUUAGCGCUGCUUUUGGAACAAGUGAAAAAGCUCAACUCCGUCCAUCUUCCUGCUACCCAAAACCUGUCGACAGAGAACCCAGCGGUCCCGUUCCCAGCUGAAAAGUGCGUGGAAGCACUGGAAAUGCUGAAGGCGGAGUUCGGUGUGCGAUUCAGUGAACUACAUGUUCAUGCAAAAGAAAUCCGUCUUUUUCAGAACCCCUUUGUUGCCGACAUUGAUGAAGCCCAGCCUUCAUAUCAGUUUGAGUUGGCUGAGUUACAGAACUGUGAUGUUCUGAAAGACGCAUUCAAGCCCAACAGUCUCAUUGACUUCUAUGCCGCCCUCCCAAACGACACAUAUCCAAACAUCAAAAAACACGCAAUGAAAAUGUCCACAGUUUUUGGCAGCACGUAUAUCUGCGAGAAAACCUUUUCUCGCAUGAAACUGCUGAAAACCCAGAUGAGAUCAAGAUUGACAGAUGAACAUUUGCAUCAGUGCUUGAGACUGGCUGUAACUAGAAUGGAACCUGAUAUUCAACUUCUCACCAGCCAGAUGCAGGCCCACAGUUCACACUGAUGAACAUACAUAGGGAAGUUGAUGAGAGAGAGCUGCAAACAGCGGUGUCUACAAGCCUACUGGAACCUACAAAAGGAUUAUAAGGAAGGAACACAAGAACUUUAAGAGACUGCUCAUAUGUGUCAGAGAGAUUCUGCUCUGACAACUGAGCUGAACUUUUAUCUGUUAAGAUUGUGCAUGGCACGACAGAAAGUUAAUGUUCCAUGGCUUUUUUUUCUAUGAAGAACCCAGAGAGAGUUAUUUAGUUAUUAUUUAUUUCCUGUUUUUUCUGUGAAGAACUCAGAGAGGGUUAUUUAGUUAUUAUUUAUUUCAUUAAUAGUGUUAUUAUUUGUUUCCUGACUUUUUUCUGUAAAGAACCUGGAAAGGGUUAUUUGGUUAUGUGUGGCUUUCUGGAAAACAAUAAAUUUUUUAAGCUCC